GUCCCUUUAAAAGCACUCGGUGCUUUCCGGAGACACUCGGCUCUGCUUGUCAUCGACCUCUUUCACUGCAGCUCCAUCGCCGAGCGGACUGGCCCGCUGUUCUCAUCCGAGGCAUCAACGCAGACUGUUGGAUCUAUUAAACCCCCAGCGCCGGUCUCUGGACGUCUCCAGCAGCUGUACAAAUGCAAGCUAUCAAAUGUGUGGUGGUGGGCGACGGGGCUGUGGGUAAAACCUGUCUACUGAUUAGCUACACCACUAAUGCCUUCCCAGGCGAAUACAUCCCCACUGUCUUUGACAACUACUCUGCCAAUGUGAUGGUGGAUGGGAAACCAGUGAAUCUGGGCCUAUGGGAUACAGCAGGACAGGAGGACUACGAUAGGCUCAGGCCAUUGUCUUACCCACAGACGGAUGUGUUCUUGAUAUGCUUCUCCCUGGUCAGUCCGGCUUCCUUUGAGAACGUCCGAGCUAAGUGGUACCCUGAGGUGAGACAUCAUUGCCCCAACACACCCAUCAUCCUGGUGGGUACCAAGCUGGAUCUGCGAGAUGACAAGGACACUAUCGAGAGACUGCGAGACAAGAAGCUUUCCCCCAUCACCUACCCGCAGGGCCUGGCCAUGGCGAGAGAGAUUGGUGCUGUGAAGUACCUGGAGUGCUCUGCACUGACCCAGCGAGGUCUGAAGACCGUGUUUGACGAGGCCAUCCGAGCUGUGCUUUGCCCUCCACCUGUGAAGAAGAGGGGGAAGAGAUGCACCAUGUUCUGAGGAGGAAACACUGCUAUAACACUACACUACAUCACCAUAAACAACAACCACUACUUCUGCGAGAGGAUGAGAGAGAAAACUAGUAAGAGUGAGUGUGCACUGCGGAAAUUGCUUUCUUUAUACUGAUGUUUUUUCAAAACCAUAUUGGUAAUAAAACCGAUAUGUAAUACAAUUUUUUUACCAUUACUGAAUAGGGUCAUAGGUUCUCUGUGAAAGACAUUGACUGUCCAACUGCUUUGUAUUCAUUGAAACACAUCAAGUUCCACAAGGACUGACAAAGGUUUCAACAACUUGUCUUUAUACUGAAACAUAUUCUUUCUCAGCCAUCCUUGCUUGAAUGAAUGCAGUGUUGACAAGAUAGAACGUGAACUGUGAUUAAGCCUUCAGGUCUGAAGUUACCCUCAGCUUCUGAUCUAAGAUCAGCAUGUUAAAACAAAAUACUCUUUUCUGCAUUAAUAAGAUAUAGAACCACAAUGCAGGUUAGACCAUUAUUUCUGUCAGUUUAUCAUUGCCCUCCAAAAGGUAAAAACAAGGAUCUGUGACAACAUCUCAACGAAGUGUUUGGAAACACUAGCUGUCAGAUAAUCUUGUUGGCAGUGGGUACGCAGAUUUCUGGUACCAAGUUUGGCUAAAAGUGUCCUCAAUAGAUACCAUGUCUCACUUUUAGUCUGACUUGUUACUUGAGCUUGUGGUCUGGUGUGAAGGCCUCCAUUUUUUCAGUUUAGCUGCAUAUUGCCAAAUCAAUGAAUUUAAUUAUUGUAUUAUCAUACAGAACAUCUCGGUCACAAAGUUCUGCUGUUGCUUACAAAAACUGUAACAUUGGCCAGAGUCCAAGAAACAAGGGACAUCUGGUUCUCAGCAGUUAAUUUAAGUUAAAGUAGUUAUUGCACCAGUUUUCUGACUAAUUGUGUAGUGCUUGUCCUGUUUACCAUCUCAGCCAUUAGGGUUAGGGUUCAGUUAGUACAAUUUUUCAAAGACAAACCUGGUUUUACUGGAACUUUGAAACGUAGCUCUUGCCUUUAACAGUGGUUGAAUUUGUUUUUCAAAAGCACUACAUGUACUUUCAGAAAGUCAGUGGAAGGACAAAGACUGAGGAACAGUACGACAUGUGUUAAAAGCUCUGGGUCCAGUCAUUCCCGGGUUUUUAUAGAGAAACCAAUCUGUAACUGUUACUUGAGGCGAGUAUCUGAUCCUAGUCAAGUGUCUUUGGGUAACUUCAUCUAACUGUGAACAUGUGAUAGAUGAGCAUGCCAAACGUGGGGGCUGUACUACCUUGCUGCCUAAGUUCUGCCGCUGGGGGUGGAGGAGCUUGUGUGGGUCUUAAAAUAUUCUGUCUUAAAAUCAUCACAUUGUUUAGAUUUUGUCUCCAUUCCUGUCUGUGUGUGCGUGUGUGUGUGUGUGUGUGUGUGAGUGAGUGAACUUGUACAGCUCUCUUUCUGAGGACAACUUUUACAUCGACAUUUGCGCAAAGUGAGGAUUGGCUGGUCCUCACUUCUUUACAAGGCUGUUUGAGGAGUGAAAAGGGUCCCAAUUAGGUCAUGUUUAGAAGUAGGGUAAGGGUUUGGGUUAGGCACUGCGUUGAGGUGGUUGGGGUAAGGUGCUAGGGAAGGCAUAAUGUCAAUGUAUGUCCUCAAACAGAUAGCCAUACAGAUGUGUGCGUGUGUGUCACAGGCAUGUACAUAUAUGCUGGUGUUUGUAUGUGUGGACGAGCAUGUGUCAGUAUCAGUCAGACAGCGGUGUUCAUCAGUUUGGGGUAGUGCAUAAAAGACAGUAUUGUUUUAAGGCAAGUUUUUUAGUGUCCAGUUUUUGGUACUAUUUCAUAUUGUAUUGUAGUAAUACACAAGACUUUUCAACAAUCUGUGGACAUAAAGAAAGAAAAAAUGGAUAUCAGUGACAUCUAGUGAUGUACAGAAUAAUCCUUAGAACAGGAAUGCAUUAUGAAUAUCUUAUCUACAUGUACCUGAAUAUUUAGCUUAAAACUAAAACUAUUCAAUCUAAAGGGAUUAUAGUUGCUCAUGUUGAAGUUAGAAGUGUUGCUAACGGUGUAUAUUAAAGGGGCCAAUCUUUGUGAAGUUUGUCAGUGUGGCAAACAGUGCAGAUUGCACCUUUAUGAAAUGCAUUUCUGUAUGGUUGCUGCCUGCAGUGUUUCUGUCUCCCUUGUGUGGUGAGUUACAGCACUGCAAUGCGCUCUGUCAUGCUGUCUUUGGUUGGCAUUGCUGUGUGGUUGAAUCCUGUCCUGUGGUCCUGCCUAGCUAAGGUGUCAAAAUGUAACUGAAAAACGCAGCAAACAUUUCUAAUACUACUAUUGCAUGGAAAUUCUCUGGUUAUUUGACCCACUGUAAUUCUUAGGAGAGGCUGUGUGAUGAAAUGCAUUGGCCAUGUAUGUAUGUAAUGUAAGAUGACUUGUAUACUUGUUCCAACUGUUUGUCUUAUUUUUUAUUACUUCACAUUAAUGUGUGGUGAAAUAUUUCAAUUUUUGUAUACUAAAUACAAAUGUAUAUGUAAGGCA